AUCCGGCGGCGGCCACGUGACCCACCGCGCCGCUGCGGCCCUUCCGGCGGCCAUUUUAGGUAGGGACCAUCGAGGCGGCGCCAUUAAAGCGUGAGAAAGGAGGCGGGGGGAGGAGGAGAAAAGGCCCCCCCAGCUCCCGCGCUCGUUGCUGGGCGAAGCGCAGCCGCCUCCCCGCCACAGUCUCCGUCCCCGGCUCUUCUCUCGUAUCCCCCCCUCCCCUCCCGUCACCCGCCGAGGCCGCAGGGCAGCCAUGUCGGAGGAACAGCAGGAGCAGUUUGCCGGCGACGCAGAAGCGGCGGAGGCUUCGGAGCAGACGGAGCAGCUUGAGGGAGACGCGGGCGCGGAAGGAGGGGACGGCGAAGGCGGCGACAGUGCAGAAGGGGGGGGAGGCGGCGGCGGAGGAGGAGGAGGCGGCGGCGGCGAGUCGGAGGGAGCCAAAAUCGACGCGAGCAAGAACGAGGAAGAUGAAGGCUCAGCAGCUUUAAAACUUAUUUGCAGGAAAAUGUUCAUUGGAGGGCUUAGCUGGGAUACUACAAAGAAAGACUUGAAGGACUACUUCACCAAAUUUGGUGAAGUUGUGGACUGCACCCUGAAGCUGGAUCCUAUUACUGGUCGGUCAAGAGGUUUUGGCUUUGUGCUGUUCAAGGAAUCUGAGAGUGUGGACAAGGUUAUGGAUCAGAAGGAGCAUAAAUUGAAUGGCAAAGUGAUUGACCCCAAAAGGGCUAAAGCGAUGAAAACAAAAGAGCCAGUUAAAAAGAUUUUUGUUGGGGGCUUAUCUCCAGAUACACCUGAAGAAAAAAUAAGGGAAUACUUUGGAGGUUUUGGUGAGGUUGAAUCAAUAGAACUCCCCAUGGACAACAAAACCAAUAAACGGCGUGGAUUUUGCUUCAUUACUUUCAAAGAGGAGGAGCCAGUGAAGAAGAUCAUGGAGAAAAAAUACCACAACGUUGGUCUUAGUAAAUGUGAAAUAAAAGUAGCCAUGUCAAAAGAACAGUAUCAGCAGCAGCAGCAGUGGGGAACUCGGGGGGGAUUUGCUGGAAGAGCUCGUGGCAGAGGUGGAGGCCCCAGUCAAAGCUGGAACCAGGGGUACAGUAACUACUGGAAUCAGGGCUAUGGCAACUACGGAUACAACAGUCAAGGCUACGGUGGUUACGGAGGAUAUGACUACACUGGCUACAACAACUAUUACGGAUAUGGGGACUAUAGCAAUCAGCAGAGUGGUUAUGGGAAGGUAUCUCGGCGAGGUGGUCAUCAAAAUAGCUACAAACCCUACUAAAUUAUUCCAUUUUGCAGCCUAACCCCCCGACAGCGGGAACUUCCUUGCAGGCCCUGUUGUCGCGCUGACUUCCCGAUUCUCACAGGCCCGCUCAAUGCGGACAGGGUACGAGAUGCUCACGCUCUCGAAUGCUGCCGUUUGGUAUGGUCUCUUCCAACAUCCUGUAUCAGCAUUAUGAUAAAAUUGGAUACUUCAAGCUUUGCCUUCACUUAUUUCUUUUGCUUAAAACAAACAAACAAAACCAACCUAUUUGUAAUGUAAUUUUAAUGUGUUUUUUACAGGCCCAGUAAUGGUUAAAUACGUCAGCUUACUGAAUAAUUUUUAACUGUUUGUUCUUCUAAGGAUACAGCUUGUCUCUGGAUUUUCCAGUCUUAAUUUUAUAUUUUAUUAAUCUAUUUUUAAUGCUUGCUUUUCCCAUUUUUAUAGACCUUGUAGCAGUAAUUGCCAGAUGUUCUUGAGCUGAAGUCCUGUUGUGUCAACUCCUCUUAACUUUUGAAUCUAUACUAUUAUUAUAAGUAGCUAUUUUAACCCUUUCUUUAAUCCUCAUUGUAUUUCUCUUAAUGGGCACGUAGCGUUGUUUUUAGCCGGCCAGUAUAAGUCUUCUAACAGAAGUGUUUGGGCCCAAAAUAGCCACUUGCCGUAUUACUGCUUGGUAGUGGUUGAGCUUUUAAGGGUUUGGGCAGAUGCUUUGGCCUUGGUUUGAAUAAACAAGUAUCUCUUGAGUAACUUCAGACUUGUGGAAAGAUCCUUUUUCAAACAGUGGUGCACAUGUGGAUUUCCAGCUCAUGGACUCUCCUGUUCAGCUUUAAUAUAAAAGGCAUACUUGAUUAAUGUUGAUACAAUAUUUACAUAGUGGGACAUUGGGGGUAUCUAAACGCGUUCUGUAAAUUUGGCUAGCAGUCGUGCUUGUCACAAGAUUGACCUCUCUUUCUUUCU